CAGUUCCCUGCCACAAAGUACUCAGUUACUCACCCAACAAAAUACACAAGCUAAAACAAUCACGACCUUCGUACACAAAUCAAGCAGGAGAUCGAUCAUGGCUGGAGGAGACGACCUGAAGCUGCUCGGCGCAUGGGCAAGCCCAUUCGUCACCAGAGUGAAGCUUGCCCUCGCCUUCAAGGGCCUGAGCUUCGAGGACGUGGAGGAGGACCUGAGCAACAAGAGCGAGCUCCUCCUCGCGUCCAACCCGGUGCACAAGAAAAUACCCGUGCUCCUCCACAACGGCAAGCCCGUCUGCGAGUCCGUGGUGAUCGUUCAGUACAUCGACGAGGCCUUCCCCGGCGCCGGCCUUUCUCUCCUCCCCUCCGACCCCCACGACCGCGCCGUCGUCCGCUUCUGGGCUGCGUACAUUGACGACAAGCUCGUGGCUCCGUGGGUGCAGUCGAUGAGGGGAAAGACGGAGGAGGACAAGGCCGAGGGGAUUAAGCAGACGUUUGCGGCCGCAGAGACGCUUGAGGGAGCCCUGAGUGAGUGCUCCAAGGGGGAGGGAUUCUUCGGCGGCGACAGUGUCGGGCUCGUCGAUGUUUCGCUGGGGAGCCUGCUCUCGUGGCUUAAAGCUACGGAGGUGAUGUCCGGUGCCAAGAUCUUUGACCCCGUCAAGACCCCACUCCUUGCGGCGUGGAUGGAACGCUUCGGCGAGCUUGAGGCCGCCAAGGCGGCCUUGCCGGAUGUCGACAGGGUGGUCGAGUUCGCCAAGAAGAGGGCACAGGCUGCCGCGGCCGCUGCAGCUGAGAACCAGUAAUAAAAAUCUAAAAAUACAAUCUGCUUCAAAAUAAGAAAAACAUUAGUUAUCAUAUAUUCCAGUAUAUUGAUUGAUGUUUGUACGUCAGCUGCUUGUUGUAAUUUUGUUUGGAAUAAGUAUUGAAUAUGUUGUUUCUCUUGCA